AUGGACAAUGAUCUUGAUGCAUCAAGUUUUUAUCCGUACCUAACCAAAGAAGCAUGGGAAGAUUUUGUUAAGCUAAAACCACUGAAGAAUUCCAGGAAAAAAGGAAAAAAAGGGAAGGAGACUGUGAAGAAGAACAAAAAUCCAGCUCACUUAGGCCCAUUGGGGUAUCGUGGGAACAAAGCUCGGUGGGAUAAAGAUAUCGACUUAGUGCCUGAGAGUGAGCAAUUAGCGGAUGAGUUUAUAUCAAAAGAUAAAACAGGAGUUGAUUUGAUGGCAAAUGUUUUAGGAGAAGAGCACCAUGGUCGCACGAGGGCGGUGGGUUAUAAUGUCACUCUAAAAGAAUCAAGGAAUAACCAGAGAAAGAGGAAACAACAAGAGUUACCAGAUUUGGAGGAUUUGGUGACAAGGCUAGAGGAGAGUUUGUUUAAUAAGUUAUAUGAGAAGUUAUAUGAUAAGCUGAUGACUGAUAUGGUGCCUGAUAUGAUGGCUAAGGUGGUAGAUACUGUCGGGGACAUGGUCGAUUCUAUGGUGGCUACUAGUGUGAAUCAUGGCAUGAUGCAACUUGAUGAUACUCGUAGGAAUGAAGCAGUAAAAGUUAGAAGCCCGAACUUGAAGAAACAUAGUGUUGGAUCUACAAUGAUGGAUGUAUUAGAUAAUAUAAAGAUCUAUGAUGGUUAUAAGUUGUUCCCUCUUCCUGUACCGACUGAAGAAACAUGUACUUUGGGGAAUGCAUUGUAUGGCUUUACUCAAUGGCCACGAAAUUCAAUUUCUCUAGUUAAGCCCACUCCAUAUGUGCAAAAAGAUCAAAGACCUUCCCACACAUCGACAACGGUACCAACACCGACACCAUCAUCAACACAGAUACACCAAAAAAGAAAGUACGAGGAGACCAACAGUUUGCCCCUUGCAAAGAAAAUACGACAAUUUGUAAUGCCAAAAGAACUAAAUGGCAGGCCGAAGAUCAAGUUACUGUAUAAAAAUUUUAUGAGUCGCAAAAUUGAAUAUCCAAUUCAUGUGAGAAGUGAGCCAGGGAUCUUUGGAGUUGGGAGGACUGAGGUUCUAAUCUAUUCGGACGUGAUUAAAGAGCUUAUGACGAAUAAGCAACUCGAUAUUGAUUCAAUUUUUUGCUUUCAGAUGUUACACUACAUACUAUUUGUAAUCUGCCCUCGUCAACAUGCGUGCUACAUUUUGGAUUCAUGUCAAGGUAUGAAGACAUUUGAAUACUAUGAUAUCGUAACACAUAUCGAAAAAGCUGUUGCAACACUUAAUAAACAAUCCAAAUCCAAAUCAUGUACAAUGACAUGGACUUUCGCAAAGAACCUUUGGAACGAUAAAACACCAUUCCCGGAUGCGGAGUUGGACGAUUUUGUUGAGUUUUGGAUUACAUCUUUUGUAGAGAACUAUUUGAAAUGA